AGGGCUAAUAAGAGAGGGGAGCUUAAUUGAGAGGGAGGCUUAAAAGAGAAUUUACGGUAAAAUAUAUUUUAUUUUGAAAUUAAUAAUCUCUCUCCUGAACGAGGCUUUUGCGAUCUCGUGUUUCGAAAAUGGCGGAUAGCUGGUAUCUUUCUUUUGACUUGAGUACCCAAACUCUAAAAGCGUUAGUUAUAAAUGAUGACUUAGUUGUCAUAAAAGAAUGUGUUGUUAAUUUUGAUAAAGAUCUGCCUGAGUUUGAUACACACGGAGGUGUACACCAAAAUGACCUGGAAGCGACAUGCCCGGUUUUGUUAUGGGUUAAAGCUGUUGAUGUGAUAUUGUCGAAACUGUCACAGGAUAAUUUCGAAUUUUGCCAAGUCAAAGGUGUUUCGGGAACUGGACAGCAGCAUGGAAGUGUUUAUUGGAAAAGGGGGGCAAACAAUGUGCUACGAUCGCUCAAUGAAACACAAACCAUCGCGGAACAGUUACAGAACCAGUUCACUGUAAAAGACAGUCCAAUAUGGAUGGAUUCAAGUACAGGAAGUGAAUGUAUGAAUUUAGAAAAAGCUAUUGGUGGUCCUGAAAAACUUGCAAAGAUAACAGGAUCUAGAGCCUAUGAGAGGUUUACAGGAAACCAAAUUUCAAAAAUCUACAAAAAGAACGAGAAAUCUUACAAUCAAUGUGAAAGAAUCUCCCUAGUCAGCAGUUUUGUUGCAUCCUUAUUUAUUGGAGAUUAUGCACCCAUUGAUUUCAGUGAUGGCUCUGGAAUGAAUCUGCUUAACAUUGUGGAUAAAAAAUGGGAUUCAGUUUUAGCAGAGGCAUGUGCACCAGGUCUUCCUGACAAGCUUGGAACCCCAGUUGCCUCAAACACAAAUAUUGGUAAAAUUUCACAAUACAUGAUAAAAAGAUACGGUUUUGCCAGUAAUUGUACAGUGACGGCGUUUACGGGUGACAAUCCAUCGUCAUUAGCUGGAAUGAGGCUUCAUAAAGGGGACGUCGCUGUUAGUCUUGGUACAAGUGACACGCUGAUUUUCUGGCUUGAGGAACCAAGGCCAUCUUUGAUUGGCCAUGUUUUUGUGAAUCCAGUUAAUGAAAAUAGUUAUAUGGCGCUACUUUGUUACAAAAAUGGCUCGCUUACAAGAGAAAAGAUCAAAGAUCUUUCAGUUAAGGGAAGUUGGGAAGAUUUCAAUAAAGCUUUGCAGAAUACACCGCCUGGGAAUAAUGGGAAUAUUGGUGUGUAUUUUAUUGACCAGGAAAUAAUACCGAAUGCAAGGGGGAUAUAUCGAUGGAAUUCUGAUGAUAAAGUUGUUGAUUCGUUUUCUCCUGAUACUGAAGUCCGUGCUAUGAUCGAGGGGCAGUUCAUUGCUAAAAAAAUACACGCGGAAAAGCUUGGUUUCCAUUUAGAUCAAAAUUCAAGAAUUCUGGCAACAGGAGGAGCAUCAAAAAACCCAGAAAUUUUACAAAUUUUGUGUGACGUCUUCUGCUGCUCAGUGUAUGCCAUAACUGAUACCGCAAAUUCAGCAUGCCUGGGCGGAAAUUACCGAGCAAAGCAUGCUUUAUCUACUAAUGCAUUCUUUGAUGAAACAGUUCAGAAUGCUGCUCCUUAUUGUCUCGUUGCGUCACCUAACAAGGAUUCGCAAAAAAUCUAUGGAGAACUUUGCCAAAGAUAUGCCAAACUCGAAUGCCUACUGAAAUAAGAUACUUAGAAAACAUUUUAAUACUGAUAUUUGAUUUCCUAUGACAUAUCAUCAAUUUCUGCUCUGCCAGAGCACUUUGUUUCAUAUUCCUAAUGCAGAAGAUCAUUAAAACCGAUUAACGAUCAGGCUUACUACGUCUUUCACAUAUACACAAUACUUAUUUUAUAUUCCACGAAUUGAUCAUCAGCAUUAAUUUAUCAUUCAAUCACCUUGUUCUUAAUUCAUUAUCGUUUAAAAAUUGUCAAGAAAAUACAUACAUAAUCGUAAUGUUAAGGCAAAUAUACUUUUCAGAAGUUUAUACUUGGUGUACAGAACACAAAAAUCAUAGCGUUCAGUUGUAAUGUUAUCGCGGGUGCUUUGAUGACAUGAAAUUAGAUUUAUCCAACGAAUAGUAUUAUAGCAAAACGGGUGACAAAUUAUUUUUAAAAAUUAUGGACGUAUUGUAAAAAAUAAUUGAGAGUGAUAAUUCAGUUAUUUCUAGUUUUUCUCUGCCAUCAAUCUUCAUUGGAAAGUAAACCUCGAGUAUAUGUUGGUUAUACUUCCAGUCCCUGUCAUCCUUUGAACGGACUGUGCCCCUUCCCCUCCCUAUAAUCCAGUCCCUGUAAUCCUUUGA